AUGAACGUGGACCAGUUAUUGCAGACUUUAUUCACACUGCCACCUCUUAAUAUCGGUUUCAAUGAGCCUAGUGGUGGUUCUUCAGUUGCUGCUGAUUCUAGUCAACAACAAUUCAGCGCAAAUCUACCUAUGUGGCAUCAAAAUCAGUUGAACAUAGGCUCUUUUGACCCUGGAGCUUCCCCUUCUACAGACGUAAUAUCAAACAUGGACGUAUCAUCAUCAUCAUCAUCAGCAAACCAACAUGAACAAGUGAACUCAGUUGUACCACCAUAUCUACAUCAUCCAUUGACCAUAGAUAGAAGUCAAGACAGAGAGGAAGCAAAACAGAGAUAUUUUGAGAAGAAGAGCCGCCGCAAAUUCAUGAAGCUACACCGAUAUGAAAGUCGAUCAAACGCAGCUGUGAAGAAAAAACGAAGAAGAGGUAAAUUUGUGAAAGAGGAUGACGAAAUCGGCAAUGAUCCCCCAGCUCAACAAUGAGUGUUCUAGAUUUUUUACUUCUCCUCCGAAAUUAGGACCAAAUGUCUAUAGUAUAUGUCUAACUUCUUCUACUUGUACUUUCGAAACCUUGGUGAUAAAUUCGUAAAUUAUGGCUGACAAGCUUUUUGUCUCA